AUGGACAGACCGAUUCGAUUCCCUCAGACAGAGUUCAUCCAAGGCCUUGGGUCCUUGACACAAUAUGAGCCGAGCCACGAACUGUACGCCAUCGUGGACGAUUGUCCGGCACACCAUACGAAGUUGUUCUUUUCGCAUUCAGUUCGGAUCUCGGAGUUUGAUGGUGGUGCGGGAAUGACUAUGACCGAGACGAAGAAACAUAUGCCUUUGAAAGCUCCUCCUACCACGUAUGGGAGCAUCCCUUGGUGCAAGGAGCCUGAGACGGACCGGGGCUUUCACGCUGGAUUACGGAGGAUUUCUGUAAUUACUUCAUACUGCUAUAUGUACAGCAAUACGGAGGACGGAGUACAGAGCAGCUACCAGUGUAUGUACACUCUAGCUAUUGCCAUAUCCAUGUACAUGCUUAACAAAGUCCACUUAGAGGACAGAGAAACUGCUAUUGAGUACGUACCAGGCACGGGAAGAGCCAACGUUUGGCCCAAUGGUUGGCUCAUGAUGGUCACUUCGGCGGGGCAUGCAGCAGUGAUAUUCAAGAACGAGGCCCAAGCCCGGUCCCAACUUGUGUCCCUUCUUCACCUGCUCACUCUCCUCAUUACCGCCUCCAACUUUCGAUCUUCCCACCUCCUUUCCAGCGUUACCCGGUCUCCUUUCUCCUGCUUUUCCCCUACUUGUGUCCUCUUCACCACGAACAUAUCUCCAUUUCCCACCGAAAUUCACCCAUCAGUCAAUUACAUAUCCGCCCGCCAAACCGUCACUGCCCCUCCGUCAUCGAGUCGUAACGAGGGUUUGCCUUUGGCCCUUGUUUGUUUAUUUCGGGAAGACGUGGGCGUCUCAUCGAAGCCGGAUAGCAUGACGCCAACUCAGCCCCAGAACGUCGAUCAUCUCGACGGUCUCCUCGAUCUCAGCGACUACGACAAUAUCCCCUCUUAUCAGUCACCAUCUCUCUCGCCAGUUACGACCAACAAAACAACAUUCCCCAACAUGCCGCCCAUCAACUCCGUCCAGACCCCAACAGUUCCCUCCUCCGCGGCGACGACCACAACCGCCCAACCUACGCUAAGCGGGCCCAGCCAUCAGUACGGACUCUAUAAACAACAGACCGGCUUUGUCCCUGGAGCCUUAGCGAGCACUCUCGCCGUGAACCAGGCCAACGCGCAAGUAUCCGGCUACCAUGGCGGCUACAGCGCCGAUUUCCUGAACGGCCUAAGCCCCGACCCCAAUCUCUUGGAUUUCAAUACCCUCCCCGGCACGGCUGCCUCGCAUGCCUCGCAGGCCUCGUCAAACCCGGUGGACGUGGACAACAUGGACUUCGACUCCCCUUCCGACUCUUUCCUCUACCCAGACCUUGACACCAUCAACCCGAACUCUCUCACUGGCCAAGAAUCACCCGUCGUCCCCUCUCAGCCCAGCAACGUCGGUAGGCUCUGGCCCGGAAUGCAUACUCAGGCCGCCGCCGCCGCCGCCGCCAACGGCAAAGCCCAGGCCCAGGCUCAGCAGCAGCGACGACAACAGCAGAUUCUGCACUCCCAAGGCCAGCAGCAGCACCAGCGUCAGCAGUCCAAAUCCAGGACCAAGAGCGCUCAGCCGACCGACCCCAUUGUCGAGCAGAAGAUCACCCAACUCCUCAAUUCGAUGCGUGCCCGGCCCAUGGGCGAAUCGGCCAGUCCCACGCCGGUGAUCAACGUGUCUCGACCCAAGAAGGACGAAGAUGAGAUGGACGAGGACGAGCGACUGCUUGCAAGCGAAGAGGGUAAGAAGUUGAGCAGCAAAGAACGUCGCCAGCUUCGGAACAAGGUAUCGGCCCGCGCUUUCCGAUCAAGACGAAAAGAGUACAUUUCUCAGCUCGAGGCGGAAAUCGCGAACAGGAUCUCCGAAAAUGGCGACUUGCUUGUGCAAAACCGGGCACUUUUGGAAGAGAAUAAGAGACUUUCCGACCUUACCCGCAUGCUCCUCACGUCACCCUCCUUCUCCACCUUCCUCGAUCAGCUCAGCAGCAACCCACAGGCGCCCCUCCCACCGCAUCAACUCCAGCAUCAGCAGCAUCCUCCCGUGCCCUCGCAGGCCCAGCCUCCCGUUAAGACGGAGCGACUGCCCGAGCAACAACAACAACAACAACAACAACAACAACAACAACAACUACAACAGCCACAAACCCCCAAAGACCCGAAUCCCUAUGGCGUCCAACAACAACAGCACCAGAUCGGCAUGGCUUUGAUCCCCGAGCAUGACAUGGAUUUCCCCCUCUUUAACGCCGCCAACGAGGCCUUCGCUAUGCAGCCUCAGGUGUUCGCUGUCGUCGAGACGCCUGAAAUGCCCGCCGUUAUCGACGCCGGCAUGCUCUCCGGCAAGUCCUCCAACUUCAUCGGCGAGACGUUCGAGUCGGAAGACGACAAAGUCGACCUGCCCCCACCGGAACUGCCGUCCAAGAUGUUCACGCCCGAGGUGGCUGAACAACAACAGACUGAAGCCCAGGAGGAGGCGUUGGACGACGAGUUUGAGAACGAUCCCGAGUUUGCCCUCUACCAUUCAUCGUCAUGUCCGCUUUCCGAGUGCCCCGUCGAGCUCGACACGGACGGGUUCAACCACGUCGACAUCUUCGGCGGCAUAGAGCCCGAGAAGAUACUCGCGCGGUACGAGCUUGUCGAUGCAUCAGAGGAAGAAGAGAAAGCAGCGGUGGCCAUGGCUCGGGUGCAACGCAUUAGUGCCAGCCUGGAACCUGUCCUCGCCAGGUUAGAGCAGCUCUGUCUGUAGAAACAGGGGAUCCUCUUCCGGCUCGUCUCACUCUAUUUUUGGUCUUCUACUCAGCACACAUCAUACUGCUGCUUAACCCCCCCGUUUUCCAGUACUUGAAUUUAGUCAUCCGGCCUCCAGACGUGGGGAACUUUUGUGUUUUCACGUUCGUACGGCGUUUAUGGUGUGGAUUGGGCGUUUCUUUUUGAGUGCCAGGGGCAUGUUCGCCUCUGCAUGGCACGUGUCAAAACUGCAAAGAAUGGGAACCGGCAUGACUUGACGAAUCUGGUAAAUUCUUUUCUUUUUUUUUUUUUUUUUUUU